CACGCGACCCAUGACCUCUGAAGGCUGUCAUCCCCUCUGCGGGAUUCACACUUACUUAUGCACACAUUGUAACCACUAAGUAGCUUUACUAUGGCAACGCUGGUAUCACACUGAUCGCAAUAAAAAGUUGGUAUGCGAGAAGAACCCAUGUGAACCUUAAAUGGCCUCAAUUAUCACAAAUGUAAUUCGUAAGGAUUUAAAAGACUACAGACCUGCACCAAAUUUGCUUCUAAACGACAAAAUUCGUCAUAUGCAAAAUGAAGGCAAAACUGUUCACCACUUUGCGUUUGGUCAGUCGCCAUUCCCGGUUAUGGAAAACACUCGCUUGGCCCUCGCAAAACACGCUGGAGAGAAGUCUUAUUUAGCAGUUAAGGGAAUUGAACCUUUACGAAAAGCCAUUUGCAACUUUCACAAGAAGCUCGACCAUUUGGAAGGUCUAAACCCUGAGUUCGUUAUUGUGGGCCCAGGGUCAAAGGAAUUGAUUUUCCUGAYGAUGAAUGUAUUUGAGGGAGAUGUUUUCUUACCUUACCCAAGAUGGUUAACUUACGAGCCACAAGCCCGACUAUCCCAUCAUACRCCAAUUAAUAUCAACACCUAUAUUGAGGACGAGUGGCGGUUAACUGCCSACAAUUUGGAGAARGCCUUUCAACAUUCAACAAGCGAAUAUAAGCUYAUYGUCAUGUGCUAUCCAGACAACCCAACUGGAACCUCAUACAGCAGGSUGCAGCUUCAAGCCUUGACUGAAGUCUUYCGCAAGUACAAGGUUAUCGUCAUUGCUGAUGAGAUUUACGGCCAGCUGACGUUUAAUGGAGAACAUGAAAGCUUAGUGAAGCUUUACCCAGAAGCCACAAUUCUAUCGUCGGGUCUUUCAAAGUGGGCRGGYGCUGGAGGUUGGAGACUUGGYUAUCAUAUCUAUCCUGUAGCUUUACAAGAGUUAUUCAUAGCUGUUGUAAGUGCUGGYAGUCACACCUAUUCCUGUGCAUCGGCGCCUAUACAGUAUGCAGCCCUUUCCUGCUUUGAUCUGACAGAUGAAACGCUAUCCUAUAUGAAGCACACGAAAAGAGUCCUAAUUGCCGUUGCUGAUUUUUGCYWCAAGCGACUGGUUUCACUAGGAAUCAAGGUCACAAAGCCAAAGGGAGGUUUUUACAUGUUCCCCGACUUUGAAAUAAUCAGGGAAGCUCUGCGUAAAAGAGRCAUCCAAUCUUGCCAAGAAAUGUGUGAUGCCCUCUUUGAAGAAGCGUCAGUAGYACUGAUGCCCUGGGACACCAAAAUUAACGGAAUAGAAAGAUUAAGUGUAAGAUUCUGUUAUGUAAAUUUUGAUGGUGAAAAGGCGUUGAGGGCAAGUAUGGAUGCUGGUGAAAUUUCUGUAUUGGAUGAUAGCUUUGUUACAGAGAAGUGUAGCAAGACUGUUAAAGGGAUAGAAGCGUUGUGUGAAUGGGUUAACAAACAAAAAAUGUUAUAAUCAAACCCCCACCACAAUCUUACAUGUAACUAGACGCUCUGGGAGCGUGAAGUCGGACUAGCUGCUUGUGAAAAUUGAGAAAGACAGGAUAUUACAUGGAUAAAAGUAUUUCUUAACUUUUUUUUCCAAAACAGCCGAACUCACGGUCUAAUAAGAGCGUCUAGUUCAAAAUAUGCAAAAUUUAUUGAGACUUUAAAUAAACUUGACCUAAAAGGUCAUGUAAUUAACGCGAUAAGAUCAGAACGUGACUUGCUUUGACUGAUAAAAUCAACUACUUUAGACAAAUGUCUCGCUAAGUGAUAUAGUCAAGAUAUCUAAAACGUUGACCUUUCAGGCAAAGAAAAUAAAAACUUUACAAGGAAAAAGAUGCCUAUAAAAUCAUUAAAUUCGCCUUUCUGUUAUUGAUAAACAAAGUUUCUUCUUGUU